ACUCCUCGAUUAAGAUCUCUUUUCAUUCUGGACUGAGUUCUUUUUCCUAUUGUUGCUGCUGCUUAAUUUAGCGUAGAGCACACACAUCCUUCUCCUUCCGGUCCCACUCUUCUUCUUUCUCUCUAGAUCUCUCGUUUCCGCUACCUCAACUCACGGAGGGUUCAAGGUGAUUAUCAGUAACUAGAAUCUUCAAAUCUUCAAGUUAUAUUUUGCAGAUCGGUCAGCUAGUGUCGCGUUUCCGAUCUUGCAACCAUGGCGGCAGCAAAUGCUCCGAUCGCCAUGCGAGAGGUCCUAACGUUGCCUAGCUUGGGGAUCAACCAGCAGUUUGUCACGUUUACUCAUGUCACUAUGGAAUCUGACAAGUAUAUAUGUGUUCGAGAGACCUCACCUCAAAAUAGCGUUGUUAUAGUUGAUAUGAGUAUGCCAAUGCAGCCAUUGAGGAGACCAAUCACAGCAGAUUCCGCUCUCAUGAAUCCGAAUUCCAGAAUUUUGGCUUUGAAAGCUCAAAUCCAAGGAACUACUCAGGAUCACCUGCAAAUAUUUAACAUUGAGUUGAAAGCUAAAAUAAAAUCUCACCAGAUGCCCGAGCAGGUUGUUUUCUGGAAAUGGAUUACGCCAAAGAUACUGGGACUUGUGACACAGUCUUCUGUAUAUCAUUGGUCAAUUGAAGGUGAGGCUGAUCCAGUAAAGAUGUUCGACAGGGCAGCAAAUCUUGUGAGUAAUCAAAUAAUCAACUAUCGAUGUGAUCCAGCAGAGAAGUGGCUGGUUCUGGUUGGAAUUGCUCCUGGUUCACCUGAGAGACCUCAACUUGUCAAAGGAAAUAUGCAACUUUUUUCAGUGGAGCAGCAGAGAAGUCAAUCUCUUGAAGCUCAUGCUGCGGCAUUUGCCUCUUUUAGAGUUUCGGGGAAUGAUAAAGAUUCUAUUCUCAUUUCUUUUGCGACUAAGACCAUUAAUGCUGGGCAGAUAACUUCCAAGUUACAUGUCAUUGAACUCGGUGCUCAGCCAGGGAAGCCAUCUUUUACAAAGAAGCAGGCAGAUCUUUUCUUUCCUCCAGAUUUUGGGGAUGAUUUUCCAGUGGCUAUGCAGAUCUCCCAGAAGUAUAGUUUGAUAUAUGUGAUCACCAAGUUAGGACUUCUGUUCGUCUAUGACCUUGAAACUGCUACGGCUGUAUACAGAAAUAGAAUAAGUCCAGAUCCUAUCUUCCUAACUUCAGAAGCUUCUUCAGUAGGUGGUUUCUAUGCUAUCAACAGGAGAGGACAGGUCUUACUUGCCACUGUAAAUGAAGCAACCAUAGUGCCUUUUGUCAGUGGACAGUUGAACAAUCUGGAGCUUGCUGUUAAUCUUGCAAAGAGAGGAAACCUGCCUGGUGCUGAGAAUCUAGUUGUCCAGCGCUUUCAGGAAUUGUUUGCUCAGACGAAAUACAAGGAGGCUGCUGAGCUUGCAGCAGAAUCUCCUCAAGGAAUUCUCCGAACUCCUGACACAGUUGCUAAAUUCCAGAGUGUUCCUGUGCAAGCUGGGCAAACACCACCUUUGUUGCAAUACUUUGGAACCCUAUUGACGAAAGGGAAGCUUAACGCAUUUGAGUCUUUGGAGUUAUCACGCCUUGUAGUUAAUCAGAACAAGAAGAAUCUGUUAGAGAAUUGGUUGGCUGAAGAUAAGCUUGAAUGUAGUGAAGAACUUGGAGACCUUGUCAAGACUGUCGACAAUGACCUUGCACUAAAGAUAUACAUUAAAGCCAGAGCGACCCCUAAAGUGGUUGCAGCCUUUGCUGAACGCAGGGAGUUUGACAAGAUUUUGAUAUACUCCAAACAGGUUGGAUACACACCUGAUUAUUUGUUUCUUCUGCAAACCAUUCUCCGUUCAGAUCCUCAGGGAGCUGUUAAUUUUGCGCUAAUGAUGUCCCAAAUGGAGGGUGGCUGUCCGGUGGAUUAUAAUACAAUAACAGACCUAUUUCUUCAGAGGAACAUGAUACGCGAAGCAACUGCUUUUUUGUUGGACGUCCUGAAACCCAAUCUUCCUGAACAUGGCUUCCUGCAGACCAAGGUGCUUGAAAUAAAUCUUGUUACCUUCCCCAAUGUGGCUGAUGCUAUCUUGGCAAAUGGAAUGUUUAGUCACUACGACCGUCCACGAAUCGCUCAACUUUGUGAAAAGGCUGGUCUUUAUGUGAGGGCUCUUCAGCACUAUUCGGAAUUGCCAGAUAUUAAACGAGUCAUUGUCAAUACUCAUGCAAUUGAGCCACAGUCCCUUGUGGAAUUCUUUGGAACUUUGUCUCGGGAAUGGGCUCUGGAAUGCAUGAAGGACCUUCUGUUGGUGAAUCUGAGAGGAAACCUUCAGAUAAUUGUGCAGGUUGCCAAAGAAUAUUGUGAACAAAUAGGGACAGAUGCAUGCAUAAAAUUGUUCGAGCAAUUCAAGUCAUAUGAAGGAUUGUACUUCUUCCUGGGAUCAUAUUUGAGCUCCAGCGAGGACCCUGACAUACACUUUAAAUACAUAGAGUCAGCUGCAAAGACUGGACAAAUCAAGGAGGUUGAGCGUGUGACUAGAGAAUCAAACUUCUAUGACGCUGAAAAGACGAAGAACUUCUUGAUGGAAGCCAAACUUCCAGAUGCAAGGCCUCUUAUUAACGUAUGUGACCGUUUUGGUUUUGUCCCUGAUCUCACACACUACCUAUAUUCCAACAACAUGCUGCGGUACAUCGAGGGUUACGUACAAAAGGUAAACCCAGGAAAUGCCCCCUUAGUUGUAGGGCAGUUGUUGGAUGACGAGUGCCCUGAAGACUUUAUUAAAGGAUUGAUUCUCUCUGUUAGAUCUCUGCUUCCUGUUGAGCCACUGGUGGAGGAAUGUGAGAAAAGGAAUCGGCUUCGGUUGCUCACUCAAUUCUUGGAGCAUCUUGUGAGUGAGGGGAGCCAGGACGUUCAUGUUCACAAUGCUCUGGGUAAAAUCAUAAUAGACAGCAAUAACAACCCAGAGCAUUUCCUCACUACCAAUCCAUACUAUGAUUCACGAGUUGUGGGUAAAUAUUGUGAGAAGCGUGAUCCUACCCUUGCUGUUGUUGCUUACCGACGAGGACAAUGUGACGAUGAACUGAUCAAUGUGACAAAUAAGAACUCUUUAUUCAAGCUACAAGCUAGGUAUAUAGUUGAAAGGAUGGAUUCUGAUCUUUGGGAUAAAGCUUUAGUCCCUGAGAAUGAGUUUAGAAGGCAACUCAUUGAUCAAGUUGUUUCCACUGCAUUGCCUGAGAGCAAGAGCCCAGAGCAAGUAUCUGCUGCAGUCAAAGCUUUCAUGACUGCUGAUCUUCCUCAUGAGUUAAUUGAGCUUCUUGAAAAGAUUGUUCUUCAAAACUCUGCAUUUAGUGGAAACUUCAAUCUGCAGAACUUGCUUAUCUUGACAGCCAUCAAGGCAGAUCCAUCUAGAGUUAUGGACUAUGUUAAUAGACUGGAAAAUUUUGAUGGACCAGCUGUAGGAGAAGUUGCAGUGGAAGCACAACUCUAUGAGGAGGCAUAUGCUAUCUUCAAGAAAUUUAACUUAAAUGUCCAGGCAGUGAAUGUAUUAUUGGAUAAUAUUAAAAGCAUUGUCCGAGCUGUUGAAUUUGCAUUCCGCGUCGAAGAAGAUGCUGUAUGGAGUCAAGUGGCUAAGGCUCAACUCAGAGAGGGAUUAGUGAGUGAAGCAAUUGAAUCAUUUAUUCGUGCUGAUGAUGUCACACAGUUCUUAGAUGUGAUCCGGGCAGCUGAGGAUGCUAAUGUUUACCAUGACUUAGUGAGUUACCUCCUGAUGGUUAGACAGAAGACCAAGGAACCUAGGGUGGAUAGUGAACUCAUAUAUGCUUAUGCAAAGAUUGAUAGGCUGAGUGAAAUUGAAGAAUUUAUUCUCAUGCCAAAUGUUGCUAACCUUCCAAACGUGGGUGACCGUCUGUACGAUGAAACUUUGUAUGAGGCGGCAAAGAUAAUAUUUACUUUCACUUCAAACUGGGCAAAAUUGGCUAUCACUCUUGUAAAGCUCAAACAGUUUCAAAGUGCUGUUGAUGCAGCACGAAAGGCAAAUAGCUCGAAAACAUGGAAAGAAGUUUGCUUUGCUUGUGUUGAUGCCGAGGAAUUCCGUUUAGCUCAAAUAUGCGGCCUUAACAUCAUUGUUCAGGUGGAUGACCUAGAAGAGGUCAGUGAGUAUUAUCAGAACAGAGGAUGCUUCAAUGAGCUAAUAUCACUUAUGGAGAGUGGCUUAGGGUUGGAACGUGCACAUAUGGGCAUCUUUACUGAGCUGGGUGUCCUGUAUGCAAGAUACCGUCAUGAGAAGCUUAUGGAGCAUAUCAAGUUGUUCUCAACUCGUCUCAACAUUCCUAAGCUUAUACGUGCUUGUGAUGAACAGCAACACUGGAAAGAAUUGACAUACUUGUAUAUACAAUAUGAUGAGUUUGAUAAUGCUGGCACAACUAUAAUGAAUCAUUCUCCUGAAGCCUGGGACCAUAUGCAGUUCAAGGAUGUUAUUGUCAAGGUGGCUAAUGUGGAGCUUUAUUAUAAAGCAGUGCACUUCUACCUGCAAGAGCAUCCUGAUCUUAUAAACGAUGUUCUCAAUGUGUUGGCACUUCGCGUUGAUCAUACCCGUGUAGUGGACAUUAUGCGGAAGGCCGGUCAUUUGCUGCUUGUGAAGCCAUAUAUGGUUGCAGUUCAGAGCAACAAUGUCAAUGCUGUCAAUGAAGCUUUGAAUGAAAUCUACAUGGAGGAGGAAGACUAUGACAGACUUCGUGAAUCCAUUGAUCUGCAUGAUAACUUUGACCAAAUUGGACUUGCCCAAAGAAUUGAGAAGCAUGAACUUCUUGAAAUGAGACGGGUUGCGGCUUAUAUUUACAAGAAGGCAGGUAAAUGGAAGCAGUCAAUCGCACUGUCAAAGAAAGACAAUCUUUACAAAGAUGCAAUGGAGACAGCCUCACAAUCUGGUGACCGUACACUGGCAGAAGACUUGCUUGUCUAUUUCAUUGAACAGAAAAAGAAGGAAUGCUUUGCUUCGUGCCUCUUCGUUUGUUAUGAUCUUAUCCGUGCAGAUGUUGCUCUUGAACUUGCUUGGAUUAACAAUAUGACCGACUUCGCAUUCCCAUAUCUACUUCAGUUUGUCAGAGAAUACACGGGUAAGGUUGAUGAGCUGAUAAAGCAUAAACUGGAAACUCAAAGUGAAGUAAAGGCCAAGGAGAAGGAAGAGAAGGACGUGAUUGCUCAACAGAAUAUGUAUGCACAAUUACUUCCUCUUGCUUUGCCUGCACCACCUAUGCCCGGAAUGGGAGGAGGUUUUGCUCCUCAUCCACCCAUGGGCAUGCCCCCAAUGGGUAUGCCUCCAAUGGGAAUGCCGCCAUUUGGCAUGCCACCAAUGGGAUCAUACUGAUAGUAGAGAAUGACGAUAAUUAUAAAUAUAUAUAUACAAAAGAUUUUGGCAGUCUACGUUUGCUUGCUGGAAUUGUUUGCAGUACAAUUUUCGUCGCCCGUGUCGUGAAGCCAAAGCAAGUCAUUGUAAUAAUAAUAACCUCGUUUUCAAUUGUUGAGACAUGGGAUGAUUGUGAAUUUGAUAUAUAAACACAACUCUUUGUAAUAUUCUUUUUUCGCUUGUGUACUUCUCUAGGGGGAGCUAAUAUUUUAUUUGUUUUUGGAAGAAGUUUGGUUUAGACGGCAGCUAUGGACUGAUCCGAUUUGUAUUUGUAGUUAUUAUAGAAUAGGAAUUUGUGCUCAAUACUCAAAGCUGGAUAUUUUACUUUU